AAUGUCAAGAAUACUGAUGUCAAACUUGUUAACAUGUGGCGACCGAAAGAUAGUAAAUGUGAACACAUUUCGACUCAUUGUGGUGAUCCUGAAAGUCAACUCUUUUCUUUACCCGACUAAAGUGUGAACACGCUUUUGUCCACCAGGCCCACUUUAUUUGGUAAUAAACAAAAUCUAAUAUCCUGUUUUGAUAUGGCUGGUUCUCUUAUUCUGCAGCGUUCAUGGCGCUCUCGCUUCUGAGCUGUUUGAGAAGGGAUUAAUGGAGCCACAGAUUAGCUGUGUAGAGAGUCUAUAAGAUGAAUUGGUUGAGAACAAACCGAACUGGAGGCAAGGCAAGGCAGAGAAACGUCAAAGAGAAUGGGGAGGUGAUUCUGAAGGAGCUCAUUGAGUGCUGUGAUGGAAAAUAUAAUCCUAUCAAGAACUUCUCUUCUGAUCAAAUCAUCAAAGCAACAGAUAACUUCUCCCAAAGUAACCGUGCUUCCCGGAUUGACAUCUAUUACCGUUGCUAUAAAGGUAUCCUCGAUGACCGUCCUGUUCUCAUCAAGAAAGGGAAAUACACACUUGAUACGAAAGAGAUUUGUCGAGACAUAGCGAUAUCAUCGAUGGUGAGUGGUCAUAAGAACUUCCUUAAGUUGUUGGGAUGCUGUCUCGAGUUCACACCUCCUGUCUUAGUUUUUGAGUAUGCGGAGAUUAUAACUCUUGGUCCACUAAUUACAUCUAGAAACAUGAGGAGGAUAAAGAUAGCAAGAGAGGUCGCAAACGCUUUGACUUACCUUCACACUGCUUUCUCAAGGGCUUUCAUCCACUCAAAUCUAGACCAUUUCACCAUCUUCUUAGAUGGUAAUGGAAUCGCAAAGCUUGGGAAUUUCUGUAACUGCGUCUCUAUCCCCGAAGGAGAGGUCUUCGUUCAUGAUGAUGCAUUGAAGAAAUACCAUGACUUUAGGACCAAUACCUUAAAGCAAACGCAUGGACUUGGUGUGUGUUACGUACCGGUCAUCGAUCCUGAGUACAAAACAACCGGCAAGGUCACGACAAAGACGGAUAUGCAUAGCUUUGGAGCGUUCAUGCUAGCUCUUGUGCAGGUAAAGGAAGUUGAUGAUGAGCUAUCUAUGUCUUCGGAUAUGUUGAGAGCAUUAGCUGAGUUAUUUAUCAAACCUCAUGAUGAUGCUCUUUUACCGCUUCACCAUCAUGUUUCCAAGAUACUGAGGAAGUUUGGGUAUGCAGAGGUUAUGGAUUCAGAUAUGGGCAAUGUGGCUGCUUCGCCGGUAAAGGAGUUUUUUAGAUUAGCGUUGAGAUGCAUAGGAUGCAAGUUAGGAGACCCGUUGAUUAGCAUGAUUCAGGUGGCUAAAGAGCUCAGAGCGAUUGAGAAAUCUACAUAUGGAAUCACAGAUGAACUAUAAUUCAAAUUCAGGAAUACGCAUUUUGGAUUCUGACUGAAACAGCAGAGUUCUGGCUUUUUCCUUAAGAGACAAGCAAGUUCACAGGUUUACUUCAUAAAAAUAGAGAAUCACAGAUGUGUGUACCUGAUAAAUCUCACGAAAGGUUGCUGACAAAAAUAAAAUCUCACGAAAGGUUAUGUUUAUGGAUGAUAGAGAAUCAGAUGUUUCAUACCAUCAUGGGCUAACCAUUUCAUUAGCCCUUAUUCUGAUGUUCAUAUUCACAGUUGACAUAUACAAUAAGUUUGUAUGAUAUUAUGUCCUAUAUUUUGAUUUUCCUGCAAUGACUUGUUUUACUUUUUAAAAA